GGACGCAUGAUUAGACGCGUCUAGUUGAACGUCGCGACGCGGAUGGGAAACAUCGAAAAUCCACCAUCCGGGACGCGUCGGGAUUUCCUUUUGACAAAAACUCGCGUGAAAGUUUCCCAAUUUAAACCAAUUUAAAAAUACAAAUGACAGGUGCGGACAUCGAUAAGUUUGUUUCGUGUUAAAAUAGGAGACAACUAAUUAGUUUUAAAGUUUUUUUGAAAUAUAGGGGCAAUAUGGUUGGAUACUAUAACAAUCAAGGUACACAGGGUGUUCCCACCUCAGCGGACCUGGAAAACAACACAAACCAAAAAAAGUACACCGUCAACCGACCGUCUGGUAGCAGCUUAGUGAUAUCUAAAGCCUUGUGUACACUGAUGGCUAUAGGUGCCCUUCUGCUGGCUGUUUUAGUAGGACUAGUUGUAUUUUUCUUAGUUCCUAGAGGAUGUAACGGCGAAGCAUCCAGUCCGCUAGCGUCUUUAGUCCAACAAGAACAGCCUAGUUCCAAAAAUGAAGUUAACGAAAGGCUUCCGAGAAGUAUAAGACCUUUACAAUACACGAUACAAAUUAAACCAGACUUCCAAAAUUCCACAACGUACGGGUACGAAACCAUCACUUUGCACCCCAUAGAAGAUUCAGACACUAUAAUUUUCCAUGUGAAUAAAAUUGAAAUAUUAGAACCUUCUGUACAAUUAGCAGAUAGUUCAAACCCAUCAGAAUCAAUACAAGUAGCUUCCCAAGAAUACCUAGAAGGAGAACGUUAUAGAAUAAUCCUGAAGCAAAACCUACAAAAAAACAAAAAUUACGUGCUAAAUUUAGCCUUCAAUGGAGAACUCAAUAAUCAGCUUCAAGGUUUUUACCGAAGCGAAUAUAUCAGUCCAUCGGGAGAUAAAAGAUUCGCUGCGAGCACCCAAUUUUCGCCCACCGAUGCCAGACGGGCAUUCCCAUGCUUUGACGAUCCUUCGUUUAAAGCUAAAUUCAAAAUAAGAUUAGCCAGACCUGCUAAUAUGUCUACAUUGUCGAAUAUGCCUUUGAGCCAAUCAGAAUUAUUUGAGACUCCUCAAGGUCCUUGGUAUUGGGACGAUUAUCCAGAAACUCCAGAAAUGUCAACUUACUUGGUUGCUUUCAUAAUAAGCGAUUUGGUGCAACUCAAUUCGAAGGAUGACCUGAUUAAAAUAUGGGCUAGAAGAGAGUUUUUGACUCAAACUGAUUAUGCUGGGAAAAUUGCUCCUACCAUUUUAAGGUAUCUGGAAAAUUAUUUCAGAAUUGGAUUUCCACUGAAAAAAAUCGACAUUGUUGCAGUGCCUGAAUUUGGAUUUAGUGCUAUGGAAAAUUGGGGACUUAUAACAUUCAGGGAAAGUUCUUUGCUGUUCGAUAACUUCAGCUCUACUGUUGAAGAUAAAAGAACCGUUGCGACAGUUUUAUCUCACGAAAUUGCCCAUCAAUGGUUUGGUAAUCUUGUUACACCAAAAUGGUGGAACGAUUUAUGGCUAAAAGAAGGUUUUGCUACUUAUAUUGAAUACUUAGGAGUUGAUCAUGCUGAACCAUCAUGGAAAAUCCUAGAAGAAUUCUUACCAAGCGAAAUCGAACGAGCAAUGGCUUUUGACUCAUUAGAAUCUUCAAGGCCUAUAAGUUUCGAAGUUCACAAUAGCAGACAAAUAAGACAAACCUUUGACGAAAUCUCUUAUGCCAAAGGUGCUUGUAUCAUUCGAAUGAUGAACCACUUUCUAGGAGAAGAAACUUUCAAGAAUGGCUUGAUUAAGUUUUUGGAAAAAUAUCAAUACAGUAAUGCUGACCGUAAUGAUUUAUUUACAAGUCUUACUGAAGAAGCUCAAUUAAGAGGCUCUUUAGGAAAAAAUGAAACUGUAAAGCAUAUCAUGGAUACUUGGACAGAACAAGCUGGAUUUCCUGUUAUUAAUGUUCGUGCCGACUAUGAGAAAAACACUUUGAAUCUUGUUCAAAAAAGAUUCCUAAUCACAAAUCCAAACUCGCAAGAUAAAUCAACCUGGUGGGUGCCAAUUUCCUAUACAUCCAGCCUGAAUCCAGAUUUCGAAAGCACCGCACCAAGAUUCUGGAUGAGAGGAGAAAGUGAGAUUACGGAAAAAAUUCGUCCUAUCGGACAGUGGUAUUUGUUGAACAUAAAUCAAACAGGAUAUUAUAUUGUGAAUUAUGACGAGCAAAACUGGAAACAACUAACUCAGCAUAUUAUGGAGUUUCCUCCCUUGAUUCGGGCCCAAUUGAUAAGUGAUUCUAUGGAUUUGGCUAGGGCUAAUCAAUUGGAUUAUGAGAUUCCUUUGAAAUUGAUUGCCAGAAUGGCGGUCCAAGAUGUGAAUAUUAUGUUUGUCCCCACAGCAGUGGCGUUCAACAAACUUAAAUUCCUUAGCGAUCUUUUGUACGAUACUCCAGCUUUUGGAUUAUUUGAAGAAUAUCAUAAAACAAUUUUUAAAAAUACGUAUGAUGUGGUCGAUUUCAAUGACAACAUCGAUGAUUAUUUGACUAGAAGAAUACGCCAAGCUGUGUUGGAAUGGUCUUGUAAAAGCUCUGAAUCUAGAUGUGUGCACGAAUCCAGGACUUUGUUUAGGAAUUGGAUGAUUAAUGGCAGAUCGUCUUUUGAUAAUAGGAAUCAAACAAGUGAGGAAAAGAUUCUCCCAAAUCUAAGAUCUGUAGUCUACUGCACAGCAAUCAGAGAAGGUUCCGAAAUAGAAUGGAAUUUUGCGUACGAGAAAUAUUUGGAAAGCUCCUCGCCUACAGAGAAAAAUAUCCUGCUUGACUCGCUGGGAUGCACUAAACUGAAAUGGCUUUUAUCCAGAUAUUUGGAUAAACUAAUUGAUGGUUCUAGUAUCAGGAUUCAGGACGCCGAUAGGGUGUUCGAGUCGGUGGCUAGAAACAAGGAGGGCACCGUCAUUGCUUUCGAUUUUAUUCGGACCCAUUGGAACGAAAUGUUAGAGCACUAUGGCGAUGGAUUCAAUAUUUUGGGCAAAAUGGUCAAAUCUUUGGGAGUACAUAUGACUACAGAAUUUCAACUAGAAGAGCUUGAAAGAUUCAAAGACAGCAUUAAAACGAAUAUCAGCACAACAUCACAAGCUUUUAAUAGCGCAAUAGAGCAAGUUAAAGGCAACGUAGAGUGGAUGAAGAGAAAUUAUAAUCAAAUGGAAGAUUGGUUGUCGAAGCAUCAAAAACAAUUUUUAUAUUUCUGAGCUUACUGGUAUUAUAAUUUAGACAAAGAAGACUUUCACUCAUCAUUGCUACUAUGUACCCAAGAUUCCCUUAGAGUUCAUAUCAAGUCUUUAGGACUCUGAAAAAUUCAAUUGCAUUUUUGUAAUUACUAUUUCAGUGCUUCAUAAGCCGUAUCAUUUUGUAUUGAAUUUCUUACUUACUACUAACUGAAAAUUGUUUUAUUUUGCUUCAAUUAGAUUCUAUAUUUUUGCUGUAACUGUUCAAUAAAGCGCUUUAAGUAGUUGAAUGAAUGCGCCUUGUAUUGUCCUUAAAGUGAUUUCUAUAUCUAGUGCCUUAUAACAAUAUAUAUUUUCUCAGUAUUUUUAGUUACACUACUUACGCGCACUAUGUUUUUGUGAUAUUCUUUUAUUUUUACUUGGAUAUGAAUAAUUUAAUUUUAUAUUUUGUAAAAUAUUUUAUUUUUAUUGAUGAAACUUUCUCGAGGUAUUAUUAAGUUUUUGUCAUAAUUAUUUUUAACAAUCUCUUAGUUGAGGAAAAGCAUGUUUAUUUAAGCACUAUUAUCUUAUUUUUACAAAAAUCUAUUAAUAAAUAAACUUUAGAAAUAAU